AUGUCUCUUUUGGGGCAGAUUCAACUGGAUCUAACUACUUCAGGAAAAAAUGAACCAAAUAAGCGUUUGGAUGGAGUUCAGAAAGAGCUAGAGGAAAAAGAGAGAGAAAUGAAAAAAGAAAUAUCAGAAUAUCUAAGCAGACUUCAUCAAGUAGAGAAAAAUCAUACGGCUCUUCUGACAGAAGCAAAAAGAAAGAAUGAAGUAGAAAUUCAGGCCUGUCAAGAGAAAUUGAAUUUAUUGGAGCAGUGUCUGGAUGAACAACAGUUGGAAAUGGAGCUCUUGAAGUUACGUAAAGAGCAAUUAAAUAAUUCUCUGAAAGAUGCUAACCAGACAAUAGAAGAACUUAAGAAAGUUCAGGUAGACAAUCUGAAGCAUAUAUAUCAACUGAAGAAGCAAAAUGAAUUUGCUCGUAGAAAAAUGGAGAUGUGGAUAAAAUCCUGUAAGCAGCUACAGAAGGAAAAAGAAAUGUUGCAGAAACAAAUUAAUGAACAUGAUGCUCUAUUAAAGAAGCAAAAGCCAAGUGCUGAUGAGGUUGCCAGUGCAGAAGAAAUGAGGUUGAAGCUGGAAGAACUAAAGGACUCUGCAGAAGAGAAAACCAAGGAAGCAGAAGAGAACCUGGAGAAGUACUGCACUCUGAUUAUUAAUUACUAUAAACUAGAGGAAGCAAAUGAGCUGUUAAAAACACAGGUCUCUCUGUUAAAUGCUCUGCUGAAACAGCCAGCAAAUGCUGUUAAUUCUCCUUCACAAAAUUCAGAUAAUCCAGUAACACUUAACAAUCAGUCAGUUACAGAGAAGAGGUCAGAUGAAGAUCCUACUAAGCUUUCAGGUGCCGGGGCCCACUCGGAGACCCUGCGCUACGCUGAGUACGCGAGGGUCCCCGGCGACAGCCGGCAGGCAAAAAAAAAACAAAAAAAAAAAAACAACCAUUCACUGACCCAUGAGAAUAAGGAGUAUGAGCCAGACGGACUCCCAGAGAUAGUCAAAAAAGGGUUUGCUGAUAUUCCUACUGAGAAAAUCAGCCCUUAUGUUUUGCGUAGAACAACUCUAAACCUAAGGACCAGUCCCUGUCUUGCUGCCCAAAGCCAAAGAUUGUCAACCUGUUCCCAAAGUUUACAAAAUGGCAGCAGCAACAGAUUACGAACAAAAAUCCAGCCACAUCAACUGCUUUUCGGGCAAGCCAUGAAGUUGGUCAUUGACCCUGAACAAAUUCGGGACAUGGAGGGUUCAGCAUCCCUGGAAACUCAUGAGUAUUGGCAGCGGCUGAAGCAGUUGCAGGAAAACAAAACCACUCUACAGUUUAAGAAUUACUGGGCGUAG